ACACAACACACUGGCAUCAGUCACGAUUCACGACUCCCAACGCACUCAAGUGCUACAGAAUCUGCACCACUUAUCUCUUAUGAACGCGACAAGGCCAUCCCACACGAGCUAUUUCUUUACUUGCUAUAGUUCUCCAUGUAGGUGUAUUAUAGUAUGCUAGUAUGCUGACGUGGUUCGCUUUCCAUGGCCGUCCCGCUGAGCGCCACCUUCCUCUGCCUCUCCCUCAACCUCACGCUCUGCCACGUGUACAAGGCCUCGCCGCAGACGUGCACAGCCAGUGACACGUCAGCCGCGCGCACGUUUCCGCCAUGGACGGCUGUAGCAGCCACGCGGAGCGGAGACAGCCCCCCCGCGUGCAGCCAGAGGCUGCUGGUCCGCGCAGCCUCCGCCAUCUCCGCCAUCGCGCGCGACAUUGCGCGGGACAGGGGGAGCAGCAGCUGGCUGCAUGUAAUUGGCCGGGCGCCGUUGUCUUGGUCUGCAGAGUGGAGCGAGCAGCAGCUGCAGGGCAGCCCAUGGCGUGCCACGUGUCCCACGCCCUUCCUUAAAACGG